AUCGACCAUCACCAUCAGAAGCUUUUGGUUUUCUCUCCGGUUUUCUUUUCGUUCUGGCAAGCCAUCCAUCCCUCCAAGCCUUUCUACUUUGUUCGCGCACCAAAUGUGGCCAACCCGAUUUUUGUCGUCAAAGGGCAUCGUCGGCGGUGUGACUCUUUUUUUCAUCGGGAAGUGCUUACGCGUCCUCCUCAGCUUGGCUUCACCUGGAUUACUUCCUGUGACCUUCUUGCAGUCUUUUCCUCCUUUUUUUUCCCACAGGGUUUUUAGGGGGUUUUUACAGACGCACCUAUUGUUUUACUUUUUUUUUUAUAUUUGUAUCGUUUCUUUUUUUCCGGUCGGGAAGCUCUCGAUAUCUGCUGCAUCGAAUAACAGAGAUCUAUCAUAGCCUUGGGCAGGAAGGGACUGAGGGGGUCAAUAAGUGCUGCUGCACACAUGUUUGGAAAUCAU